AAAUUUCAUUGUUGUCGGUGUUGAUAUAGACAUGUAGAAUGGGACUCCAUCUUUAUUCUCGUCCAAUUAAUCCAUUGAUAUUUUAGGCUAUGGAGUGAAUGAUUUCAUUAGUGAAUGUUUUAUUUAAUUUUUUCUUUAAUUUAAAAUCGAUUAUAACAAAUACACUAAUAACCUCAAUAAUGAAGCAAAGGAUAAAAAAACCAAAAAUUAAUUUCACAUGAGUAAUUAUUUUAAGAUAAAUUUUCUCAUUUUGAUAGAGAAAUUAAUGACUACAAAAGAAGACCAAAGUAUCCGCGAGAGUAAUAAUGCUUCUCAGCUAUUAAUUCUACUGUUUUUAGCAAUAUUUUUCUGAGUGUUUCAGAGGUCUGGUGGCUAUGGCGGCUUCCUCCUUAUUCUCAGCAGCUGUAAGAAGGCUUGAAGGGAAGGUUGCAAUCAUCACCGGCGGUGCCAGCGGUAUUGGUGAGUGCACCGCAAGAAUCUUCACCAGGCAUGGAGCAAAAGUGGUGAUCGCCGACAUCCAAGACGAUUUAGCCAAAUCCGUCUGCAACGAUAUCGGCCCUGAAUCUGCUUCCUUUGUCCACUGCGACGUGACCAAGGAAGGGGACGUUAAAAAUGUGGUCGAUACCACUGUGUCUAAGUUCGGGAAGCUUGAUAUUAUGUUCAAUAACGCUGGUAUUGGUGGUGUUGCGAAACCCGACAUUCUGGAUAACGACAUCUCCGAGUUCGAACAGGUCCUCAGGGUGAACGUCGCGGGAGUUUUCCUGGGGACAAAACACGCGGCACGCGUGAUGAAACCGGUUCGUCGCGGCAGCAUAAUCAAUACCGCCAGCAUCUGCUCAGUUACAGGCGGCGUUGCCCCUCACGCCUACACCAGCUCAAAGCACGGCGUGUUGGGGCUGACCAGGAAUGCUGCGGUGGAGCUGGGACAGUAUGGGAUCAGGGUGAACUGUGUGUCACCGUACCUGGUACCAACUCCGUUGGCUAAGAACUUCUUCAAGAUGGAUGAUGAAGAGUGCCUUAACAUGUAUAAGAAUCUGAAGGGGGCAAAUCUGGAGCCGGUGGAUGUGGCAGCCUCGGCGCUUUUCUUGGCGAGCGAUGAGUCCAAGUACGUGAGUGGGCACAGUUUGAUCAUUGAUGGAGGCUUUACCAUCACCAAUUGUGGUUUCUCCAUUUUUGGUCAAGAUGAGAUGAAUGCGUGAUUUAUUUUGCUGCACUACUCUACGGAUAAUUUCAUUGUGUUGGGGAACAAUGAAAUAAAGUAAAAUAAAUAAAAUCCGAGUCC